AUGCUUGACAGGUGGCUGUUACCUCUCAUGAGGAAAGGGUAUCGACUGGGUCUGGACGUCGAUGAUUUAUUAGGCAUCAGUUCCGAGGAUGAAUCGCAGCGACUCGGCGACAAGCUUCAGAGAGCUUGGGAGCAGGAGAUGGACAGAGUGGGAUUGCGCCAAUACAAGAAGGUGAACGGGACCGCGGAUAAUGGGAAAGCCCAGGGUCCGGGCCGUGACUCGGCGACAUCCACGAGGAAGCCGAGUCUUUUUAGGGCCGUUGCCAGAGUCUUCUGGAAGCGAUACCUCAUCGCAGGCUUCCUUUCUUUCUGCGACGAAGGAAUCAUUAAGAUCGGACAGGCGAUGUCCCUCAUGUACCUGGUGAGGUAUUUCAACGGAGAAUACGGAGAAAAGUCCUGGAUCGGUUGGGCCUGUUGUUCGGGGAUCGUCUUUGGAAACGUCCUCUACAUCGUCGCACGACAUACCUCCUUCUUCAGCACCCAGAUUCUCAGCAUGAGACUCCGCAUUUCUUGCUGCUCCGUCGUCUAUAGAAAAGCACUUCGCCUGAGUCAUACGGCAUUGGGCCAGACAACCAUCGGUCAGAUGGUGAAUCUACUUUCGAAUGACGUGAACCGCUUCGACGUCGCCCUCGUCUUGUCGCAUUACGUUUGGGUGGGACCUGCUCAGCUCAUCAUUGCCACCAUCUUCCUCUACUUGGAAUUCGAUUAUUACUGUCUCUAUGGCAUCGGAUUGCUCAUUCUCUUCGUCCCCGUUCAAGGUCUCAUGGGGAAGGCGUAUUCAAGGCUGAGGCUGCAGAUCGCGAAGAGGACGGACGAACGAGUUCGUCUCAUGAGUGAGAUCCUGGAUGCCAUGAGAGUGGUCAAGAUGUACGGAUGGGAAAAACCCUUCUCAGACAUGGUCAACCAAGCCAGAAAAAAAGAGAUAGACGUGGUGAGGAGGGUGGCUUUCCUUCGAGGUAUCAACAUGGGGCUGUUCUUCACUUCGUCAAAAGUUAUAUUGUUUGUCACCUUCCUCGCUUACAUCUCGGACGAUAGAGCCCUUCUCGCGGAAAAGGUGUUUCUGGCAGUGGCUCUUUUCAACAGCCUACGUAUUUCCAUGACACUUUUCUUCCCGUAUGCUGUCCAAGCCAUUGCUGAGUGUCUCGCUUCCCUGAAGAGAAUCCAAAGUUCUUUGAUACAAGCGCUCUUGGGGGAGUUGCCACUGGAGAGUGGGGAACUCAAAGUGACCGGAAACGUGGGAUACACAGGGCAACAACCCUGGGUCUUUGCAGGAUCCAUUCGUCAAAAUAUCACAUUUGGGAAACCCUUUGACGAGAAACUGUUUCGUCGAGUCGUCCAUGCCUGUGCACUUCAAAAGGAUCUGGCGUUACUCCCCUUCAAAGAGAAGACUUUGGUCGGUGAUCGAGGGCUUACACUCUCCGGUGGACAGAAAGCUCGAGUCUCUCUUGCCAGAGCCCUAUAUCAAGAGGCGGACGUGUAUUUCCUGGAUGACCCACUUUCGGCAGUUGAUGCGCACGUGGGGAAACAUCUGUUCGACAAUUGCAUCAUGGGGUUCCUGAAAAACAAACCACGUGUGCUGGUCACUCAUCAGCUCCAGUUCCUUCGAGUUGCCCAUCGAAUCAUCGUUCUCAACAAUGGUAUAGUGGAGGCGGACGGAACGUACGAAUCGUUGAAGAAUUCGGGCAUGGAUUUCGCGAAGCUUUUGGCCCGAGACGAACCACCGACGUCAGAAGCCUCUCGAACACCUGAACAUCACGGUCAACUGACACCCGUCGGUCGAGCUCGAACCCUCUCCACAGGCAGCGUUACCAGCAUCGCUUCUUCGCUCGGAGGCAUGGAGGAAGUCACUGGCUUGAAUAAUCAGAAUUCACCGAUGCAAGCUUCCGAAAUUACUGCCAUGGGUAAAGUGAGAUGGAAGGUUUAUUGGGAUUACAUCGUCACGGGGACUGGUACUCUUGGAUUCGUCUUCCUCUUAUUCAUGAACCUCCUCACCCAAGCUGCCUUCAGUGGCUCCGACUAUUGGCUUUCUCUUUGGACAAACGGGGAGCAGUGCGAAGCCAAAAAUGGCACGACAGAAGCAGGAUGUGAUACGUAUUAUCCGGGGAGAUGGCUGGCAUUGUACGUGUACAUGGGCCUAGUUGGAGUCCUCUUCGUGUCUUCCCUCUUACGAACCAUUGCCUUCUUCUUCGCCUGCCUUCGUUCCUCCGUCCGUCUUCAUCAUCGCAUGUUCAGGGCUGUCAUCCGCACUUCCAUCAAAUUCUUCGAUGAUAACCCAAUCGGUAGGGUCCUGAAUAGAUUUUCCAAAGAUUGUGGAACACUGGACGAACUUUUGCCCUUGAUCGCAAACGAUGUCACAGGGAUAUUCCUGAAUGUGAUUGGAGUGGUGGUCUUGAUUGGAACCGUGAAUCCCUGGAUCCUUCUCCCAGCCGUAUUGGCUUUUGUCAUCUUUAUAUUCAUCCGUAAUUUCUACUUGGCUUCUGCAAGAAGUAUUAAGAGGCUUGAGGGGACAACACGUAGUCCUGUUUUUUCGCACCUGAGCGCCUCUUUGAACGGUCUCACAACCAUCAGGAUAGCUCAUGCACAAGAUACGUUCAUCCGGGAUUUCGAUAAUCACCAGGACUUGCACACGACUGCAUGGUUCCUUUUCGUCGCUUCCACGCGAUGGUUUGGCAUCUAUGUGGACAUUUUGGUGAUGCUUUUCAAUGCCUCAGUCACCUACAGUUUCAUGGCCUUUGCAGACUCAAUGAGCUCAGACGUGGCGUUGGCCAUCUCAUCGGCCCUCACGCUUGCCGGAGGAUUUCAAUGGGGAGCGCGUCAGAGUGCAGAACUGGAGAAUCACAUGACGUCCGUGGAAAGGAUCUUGGAAUACUCCAAGCUUCAGCCAGAGCCCCCCUUGGAAUCUCCUCCAGAGAAAAGACCUCCGAAAGAUUGGCCAUCGAAAGGAGAAGUGGUCUUCGACAAUGUAUCCCUUCUGUAUGAUGCCGAUGCCACUCCGGUCCUGAAGAAUCUUUCCUUCAAGAUCAACCCCAAGGACAAGGUGGGAAUCGUGGGAAGAACGGGAGCUGGGAAGUCAUCGCUCAUUGCCGCCUUGUUUCGGCUGACAGAACCCUUAGGUCGAAUCAUCCUUGACGACGUCGACACCAAAACCCUGGGGUUGCACGAUGUCCGUCGAAGACUUUCCAUCAUACCUCAAGAUCCUGGGUCGAUGAGGAAGAACUUGGAUCCCUUCGGAGAAUACGAUGACAAUCUACUGUGGGGAGCUCUGGAGCAAGUAGAGCUGAAGGAUGCGGUGAAGGAUUUACCAGGUGGCCUGGAUGCCACCAUGUCAGAAGGUGGUGGAAAUUUCUCAGUCGGCCAGAGGCAGUUGGUAUGUCUCGCCAGGGCCCUUCUCCGACGAAAUAAGGUCCUCGUUCUCGACGAAGCCACGGCCAACGUCGAUCCCAAGUUAGUCCACCAGAUAUCACGACAUUGCAUUGUAGUAUUACACGUUUAA